AGCUGACGAACGCCACUGAGAUGCCGCCAACGCCAUUCGAACUCGAAGGUGAAGUCAACAAGCCACUGAAAUGCGCUGUUGACUCGUGGUGGAUAUGUCUCAGUAUUUAUCAGAGCUGAGAUGCGUCAUCCUCCGUGGACAUGAGGUGCGGAGCUACAGUAGCAGGAAAGAAAACGGCCCAAACUUUGCUUCAUCUGCCCUCCUGACAUUUACGAACAUUCUAGCCACUCUCCAUGCCCAACAACUGUUUUGAUCAGCUGUCGUGGACUGCUGAAGUGCCUUUCGUCUGGUAGAUCUUAGACUGCUGCUACUGUGGGUGGGAGAGUUCUGGACUUGGACUGUGCGUUGCCUUGGUCUGCAAUUUGGUGUUGUGCGUUCAGCUGACUUUGAGUAUGAGUACUGCAGUGAAUGUUUUCUUCUGCAUUCUAGGGACCAAGAGUCUCUUGCUUGUAAAUCAGGGUCAUUUACUGGCUUUGUUAACCACUGACUUGAUUGCACACCGUUGUGCGUUAGGUCUUGAUGGCUGGCCUGAUGUUUGCAUUGUUCCGCAGAACCCAGAUUACCAACCUCCGGUAGGGUAGUGUAGAGUAGGUUAGACUAGAGAAGAGUGCGGGGUUGGGGUUUCGGGUGCUGUAGACAUGCUCACGUCUCCGGUCCGGAGGCCUGUCCAGAUAGACUGACUGGCUGUUACGGUACAUUCCGGUCUGUGGCUCCUUCGGCUCCCUCGCGUUGCCAGGGCAAUAGGGUCAGUGGAAUGCCUUGCUGCGCAGGCUGGACUUCAAUGUCGUACUGGAGUAUGGAGGGAGGUAUUCACUGCAGUGCUUGUCCGGACUCAGCGGGAGGCAAGGCACCCGGUUUCAGACUGGGGCGGUGUGUGGUUCGGCUCCUUGGCUCCACUGCCAGCAGUGGUAGUGGUGCAGGAACUGUUGGGCGAAGGGUGUUUCGGCCGUCUGCGGUGUCUGGUCAGGGCAGUUGCAAGGACAUCGAGACCGGCUGGGUGAUUCCUGUCGGGAGGGGAGCGGGGGCAGUGCCGUCAUUGGGCACGCCAGGCCUCAGAGGACCCACAGGACAGAGGAUUGGACUGUGGAUUCCAAGGAAGACACUCAAGGACCCAGUGGACAGAAGAGCAUCCAAGGAGACCCAGGGGAGAGGUCGAAACCGUGGAUUCCAAGGAAGGCACGCCAGGACCGUGUGUGUGUGUGUGUGUGUCUCUGUCUCUGUCUCUGUCUCUGUCUCGCUCGCUCGCCCUCUCGCUCGCUUUCUCUCUCUCUCGUGCUCUCGCUCUCGCUCUCUCUCUCGUGCUCUCGCUCUCUCUCUCUCUCGUGCUCUCGCUCUCUCUCUCUCUCUCGUGCUCUCGCUCUCUCUCUCGUGCUCUCGCUCUCUCUCUCUCUCGUGCUCUCUCGCUCUCUCUCUCUCUCUCUCUCUCUCUCUCUCUCUCUCUCUCUCUCUCUCUGUCGUGCUCGCUCUCUCUCUCUCGCGCUCGCUCGCUCGCUCGCUCUCUCUCGCUCUCUCUCUCGCUCUCUCUCGCUCUCUCUCUCGCGCUCGCUCUCUCUCUCUCUCUCUCUCUCUCUCUCUCUCUCUCUCUCUCUCUCUCUCUCUCUCUCUCUCGGACAGCCAGGGGGAGGACGAAACCAUGGAUUCCAAGGAAGGCACUCAAGGUGAGUUGGUGGGAAGGUGAGUUGAUGGUCACUAGUCAUCAUUCAUUUUAUUUUGCUCAUCCCGUAUAUAAUUCAUUCUUGGUUAUAUUUCAUCUUGUUAUAAUUUUCAAAAAAAUCUGCAAAA